AACCGUUUAACGGAAAUAUUUAGUUCCACUUUGUGUGAGGAAUGUUCCAGCUUGAAAACCACUAUCUUACGAUAGAUACCUGGCUUCAGCUUCUGUACUGGCAUAAGAACUGUGUGGACCAUGGGCGGACCGGAUCCCUACUCCAGCCUUAGACAAACCGACCUGACGGAUCUGAAGACCAAACUGUCGGUGCUGCACGCAGCGGUGGUGUUACUGGUGGUUCUAGUGGUGGGCUUGCUGCUGGCGCUGGUUUGUGUGACCGUGUUUCUUACCGAGAGGAUACAAGACGCGCAAGACGUGGCCGAGGAACUCGGUUUACCUGGCGUUAGCGUCUUAAAGGGAGUGCCGGGCCGGGGGAAGACAAGUGUUGUGGAGUACGUUACUGGGAUCAUUGAGCAAGUACUGGGGAACCGCACUAGUGAUGAGAAAGACAAGGAAGACACGGGAGAUUUUCUCCUUCAGGGACCGUUCUAUAAGAAAGACGGGGAAGGAGAACAUACCUUCCUGGCCAAGCCGAUGGCCCACCUCACCGGAUCAACACUGGACCGUCCCCGGUCGCUUGACCACGUCCAUUCGAACCACAGCACUUUGCGCGUGACGUACUGGGAAUCGAACCAGGGACUGGCGACUCUGGCGAACGGGAUGAAGUACCGGGACGGGUACAUCAAAGUGCCGGUGGACGGGAUGUACUACGUCUACAGCCAGUUGUAUUUCCGGUACAUGAGAGACAACAGAGAGCCCCGCCCUUCAGACAAUCACCAGCUUCUGCACUACACGUACAAGAAAAGCGCCACCUACCGGGACAAGCAGGAAGUCAUGAAGAGUGCCAGAACUAAGUAA